CCACGUUUUAUCUGUUCUCACGCCACAACCUUGCUUAUUCCGUUCCGCCUAUUACAUAUGUACCAAAUUCUGUUCAAAACUUCCAUGCAUGUCUCUUGUUUCCUCGUCAAAAUCAGAACCUUCUGUCAUUGGAUCUGAAAAAUGCCGAAUGGUAGAGAUUAUUCAGUACAGCUGCGAAUUAGAACGGUCGCAGACAGAAGGCCCUGUUGUUCGCUGUUUUCCCUUGUCCAGAUUGUUUAGGAUAUGAAGGUGGAGUUGUCGAACUCCCAGCUGACAUCAAGUGAAAUUGUUGGCUUUCGCAUCACUGUCAAUGCUCACGAAAUCAUUGGCUAUUUUAGUCCACCCUCUGGGAAACCUUGGA